AUGGCACCGGUUCAUCUGCACUCAUCUCCCUUCAGUGCGCAUCUCCUCUCCUGCCUCUCUCCCAUGGCACCGGUGCAGCUGCACAGCACCUUCUCACGUCCCCCGCCCUUCACCUUCUCAAAUGCUCCCUUCUUUUUGCUCUCUUUACAGCCUCUCUCCUCGCCUGCCUCCCUCUUUCACUCCGCCCCAACCAACAGCAAACUCGCCCCCAUGCCAUCACCAGAUGUUGACGAGAUGGCAGAGCAGUGGUUCUGUUCUGCGGGGCAGAGUGCUGCGCUGAUGCUGCAACCCGCCACCUCAGCCUUUUGUUUCCCCGUUUUGCCUGCCUCCCUUCCACUCCAUUCAGCACAUUCGCCUCCAUGCCAUCGCCCGAUGUUGACGAGAUGGCAGAGCAGCAGUGGUUCUGCGGGGCAGAGGGCGGCUGCUUCUCUCAUCAUUUCCCCUUCACUCUGCUUCGUCCCCUUCCUUCUCCCCACUCCAUUCAGCUCAUUCCACCCCAUGCCGUCACCGGAUGUGGACGAGAUGGCAGAGCAGUGGUUCUGCGGGGCAGAGUGCUGCGCUGAUGCUGCAGCCCACGCACAGCAGGUCGCCACCUCCCUCCACCUCCGCUGCUCCCUCUCCCCCUCCUCCUGCCUCCUCUCCCACACCUCCCUCGCCCUUCUCUCCUCCCGCCCCAAGUCAACCAAGUCAACGGAAAAAUCACCUCUUGAUCCGAACCAGCCAUGCAGUGAUGAAGCAGGUCAAUUGAGUCAACCGAGUCAAGGGGAAAGCAUGACAGGGAGGCAGCAGGCAGAGGAGCAUGAGGCAGAGGGUUAUGAGACAGAGGGUUAUGAGACAGAGGGCCACGCAGUAGAGGGUUAUGAGACAGAAAGGCAACUGCUGGUGCCUAAUCUGGUGCCGGAGGGAGGUCCUUGGGAGGAGGAGGUGUGCGGGGGAUGUGGCACGGUGGUUGGGGCGAAAGGUGGAGGCAGAGACAGAGGCAGUAAUACUGAAGCAGUGGAGACCUGGACAAACGGGGAGGAGGGUGGACGUGCAGGGGUGGAGGGAGGAGGUGAGAGAGGAUGGGAGGGAGGAGAGGAAAGGGGAGUGCUGGGACCAGGAGGGAGUGGGGGAGUAAGGCCAGGACUGGCGGGACAAGGAGGAGUCAAGGCGAGGAGGAUCGAUUGUGUGGAGCACCUGCCCUCCCCUUCUCUCUCCACCUGCUUCUCCUCGCUCCUCUCCGCCCAUCUCGCCACCCCCUCCGCCCCAAACCGCCUGGUCCUCCGCUCGGUCUGCUCCCACAAACCCGUUCUGCUGCUCGUGCUGCUCAGUGCUCACACAGCCGUGGGGUGGGGAGUGUGUGGGGACGCUGGGAAGGGUGGGCACGAGGGAGAAGGGAAGGAAGAGGAAUGGAAAAAGGAGGACGCUGAGGAGGAGGAAAGGAAGGAGGAGAAAGGGAAGGAGGGUGGGUUGCGGCGAGUGGUGAAGCUCAUGUGCAAGGCUGUUGACUCAGACAGCGGUGCCACACGUGAAGCCGACGAGUGGGGCGCCAGGGGCCAUGCAGAGGACGUGUAUGUGAUGCCUGUCACUGCUUUGGAGCUUCAGGGCUGUCUGAAUGAGAAUUCUUUGUCGCUGCCGCCCACAUGCCGCGAGUUCAAUGGAUUCACAGUCUCGUUUCUGCAAGUGUAG